AUGUAUCGAAGCAUUCGCGCCUUCUCUCGAGGAGCCAACUCGGCCGCCUCCCUUCAGGUCGCUUCCACCUCGCAGUUGCCAACCGCAGCUCGCAACGUUCACAGUCAUGCCGCGACCUAUUCGUUGAAAACCAAGAGCCUCGCUACUUCAGGUAGCAAGGUCUUCCGGUCGCGAUUCUCCACAUCAGCGCUUCUCAAGUCGCCAACCCCUUCCCCAGUAGCCGACGCCGAGGUCAAGGAGAUGAAGCCAGCCGCUACCGGUCUUCAAAAAUGGAGCAAGUACCUCCCCAAGGUCGAGCGCUCCGACGUCAAAAAGGUCCUCCUUGUCGGCUCUGGUGGUCUUUCCAUUGGUCAGGCCGGUGAGUUCGACUACUCCGGCUCUCAAGCUAUCAAAGCGCUCAAGGAGUCCGGUAUCGAGACCAUCCUCAUCAACCCAAAUAUCGCAACCAUUCAGACUUCGCAUGCUCUCGCAGAUCAGAUCUACUUCCUUCCUAUCUCCCCCGAGUACGUAGCCUACGUUCUCGAAAAGGAGCGUCCCGAUGGUGUCCUCCUCACUUUCGGCGGUCAGAGUGCCUUGAACGUCGGUGUCAAGCUCGACGAGAUGGGUGUCUUUGACCGUCUCGGUGUUCAGGUCCUUGGUUCCCAGGUCGACGUUCUUCGCAUGUGCGAGGACCGUGAUCUCUUCGUCCAGGCUUUGGACGAGAUCAACAUUCCUGUCGCCAAGUCCGAAGCCGUCUCCACUGUGCCUCAAGCCCUCAAAGCUGCUGCGCAGAUCGGCUAUCCAGUCAUCGUCCGUGCUGCUUAUGCACUCGGUGGUCUCGGUUCCGGUUUCGCUGAGAACGAGGAGGAGCUUCGUGACUUGUCUGCUCGUUCCCUCUCCCUCUCCCCUCAGAUCCUUGUCGAGAAGUCGCUCAAGGGCUGGAAGGAGUCGGAGUACGAGGUGCUCCGUGACCAGGAGGACAACGCGAUCAUCUGCUGUAACAUGGAGAACUUCGACCCCUUGGGCAUCCACACCGGUGACUCGAUCGUCGUCGCUCCUUCGCAGACCAUGUCGGAUGACAACUACCACAUGCUCCGAUCCGCUGCUCUCAAGGUCAUUCGCCACCUCGGCAUUGUGGGAGAGUGCAACAUCCAGUAUGCGCUCAGUCCCGACAGCCGUGAGUACCGAGUGAUUGAGGUCAACCCUCGUCUCUCGCGUUCUUCGGCUCUUGCCUCCAAGGCUACCGGCUACCCUCUUGCCUACACUGCCGCCAAGCUCGCUCUCGGCUACACUUUGCCUGAGUUGCCCAACGCAGUCACCAAGAGUACCACCGCUUGCUUUGAGCCUGCUCUCGACUACAUUGUCACCAAGAUCCCCAAGUGGGACUUGAGCAAGUUCCAGCACGUCAACCGUGAAGUCGGCUCUUCCAUGAAGUCGGUCGGUGAAGUCAUGUCGGUUGGUCGAACUUUCGAGGAGUCUCUCCAGAAGGCCAUUCGUCAAGUUAACCCGGCCUACGACGGCUUUGAGGCGUACAUUGCGCCAAAGGACCUCGACCACGCUCUCUCGGUCCCAACCGACACGCGUCUUUUCGCUAUCGCUUACGCCAUGUUGGUCAAGAAGUACGAGGUGGAGAGACUGCACGAUCUCACCAAGAUCGACCGAUUCUUCCUCUACAAGCUUCAAAACAUUGUCGACAUCAACCGACAGCUCGAGAAGCUCGGCUCGCUGUCUGCUGUUGACAGGCAACUCAUGAAGCUCGCCAAGCAGCGUGGAUUCUCGGACAAGCAGAUCGCCAAGCUUACCAACUCCAAGGAGCAUGACGUCCGUGCUCACCGCAAAGCUUUCGGUCUGACUCCCUUUGUCAAGCGUAUCGACACUGUCGCUGCCGAGUACCCUGCUGAGACCAACUAUCUCUACACUACCUACAACGCCUCUACCCACGAUGUCGAGUUUGACAACGACGGUACGAUGGUGUUGGGAUCCGGAGUUUACCGUAUCGGUAGCUCGGUCGAGUUCGACUGGUGUGCCGUCACCUGUGCCCGAAAAGUGCGUGGAAUGGGUCAUAAGACCAUCAUGAUCAACUACAAUCCCGAAACAGUCUCGACCGACUUUGACGAGGCUGACCGUCUCUACUUUGAGGAGCUCGGCUUUGAACGUGUGAUGGACAUUUACGAACUCGAGGGUGCCAAGGGUGUCGUUGUCAGUGUCGGUGGACAGCUUCCUCAGAACAUUGCUCUUCGACUCAAGGAGACUGGUGUCAAGGUUUUGGGUACCGAUCCUUUGAUGAUCGACUCUGCUGAGGACAGGCACAAGUUUUCUUCGAUUCUUGACAAUGUUGGUGUUGACCAGCCCGAAUGGACCGAGGCUACUUCGGUGGAGAAGGCCAAGGAGUUUGCCAAGCGCGUUUCCUACCCCGUUCUCGUGCGUCCUUCGUACGUGCUUUCAGGUGCAGCAAUGAACGUCAUCUGGGACGAAUCGACUUUGGAGCACCACUUGACUGCCGCUGCCCAAGUCAACACCGACUACCCCGUCGUCAUCUCGAAAUUCAUCGACAACGCACAGGAGAUUGACGUCGACGCUGUCGCUUACAACGGUGAACUUGUCGUCCACGCUGUCUCGGAACACGUCGAGAACGCAGGUGUCCACUCGGGUGAUGCAACGCUCGUCCUGCCUCCCUUCUCGCUCGACCCUAACGAUCUUGGCCGUCUGAAAGUGAUCGCUCAGAAGGUGGCAAAGGCGUUCAAGAUUUCGGGUCCUUUCAACAUGCAAGUCAUCCGCAAACCCGCCGGCGAAGGAGAGGCAGAAGCAGCACUCAAGGUCAUCGAGUGCAACUUGCGUGCUUCUCGUUCGUUCCCCUUUGUCUCCAAAGUCCUUGGUGUUAACUUUAUCGACAUUGCCACGAAUGCGAUUGUGGGCAAGGAUGUUCCCGAACCCGUCGAUCUCAUGGCUCAAGAACGUGACUAUGUUGCGAUCAAAGUUCCUCAAUUCUCUUGGACUCGUUUGGCAGGUGCGGAUCCUUACCUGGGUGUUGAAAUGGCCUCUACCGGUGAAGUUGCCUCUUUCGGAAAAGACGUUUACGAAGCAGCUUGGGCCUCUAUCGCUUCUCAAACCGCAUUCCGUGUUCCGCAAGCCAACACUGGUGUUCUGAUGGGCGGCGAUGUGGACAAGCCGCAAUUUGGGCGGAUCGCAAAGAAGCUUUUCGAUCUAGGCUUCAAACUGUACUGCUCAGAUGCUAAGGUCGAGGAAUACCUCAACAAGCUCGACGGUGUUAAAGCCAAACGUAUCCGUUUCCCCGUCAAAGACAAACGUAAGCUGCGUGAGGUAUUCGACGAACACGAGAUCAACAUUGUGAUCAACCUGGCCAAGUUCCGUGGACGUGAUCUUUUGGAUCAGGACUAUGUUGCUAGGAGGAACGCAGUAGACUUUGGUAUUCCCUUGUUGAACGAGGCUAGGUCGGCAGAGUUGUUUGUGGAUGCACUGAAGGCUAGGAUGCCUCAUGGUUGCUUGAGGGGUUACGAGGAGGGUAAGAUUCCAAGUGAGGUUCAACCUUGGAAGCACUUUGUUAAGGAGGAGCGAGAGGCGAAUAAGUGA